CUUUUCUUUGCUCCCGAUCGAUCGCCUGCCCCUGGUUAGCUGCCGACACCAUCAAACACCUCGUGCUAACUGGCUUGCGAAACCCAUUGUCAGGUUAUCUUCAUCUUUUGACCUUGUUUACUUACCUCUCCGCAGCACAAUUCUUGUGAGUGUGCCAGGUGUAAUCAUAGUCUGUCUUGCUUCUAGCUGGGUGAAGAUUUCCGCAGUGUGAUUCCUACUAUAUGCGGUGUGUCCGUUGCACUUCUCUCUUGUACCUGUGAGUUCUCAACAUUCGUCUUGCAGUUCAGCGUGGUGUGUCGUAGACGUAGGAGACCUUUUUCUCAAGUUACGCGAGGUGUCGAAACCCAACUCGCAAUGGUGAUAGUUUUAUAGGACAGUGACAGGUCAACACCACCUGGGGCUCUUAGCCCGGAGGAUAUUAGCAUUCGUCGGUCUGGUUUCGUCUGUCCCCUGGAUCACUUGUUCGUUUCACGAUGACUUCCACCCUCCAACUUCUCUCUGCGGAGCAAAAAAUCAAGCUUGAUGCCGUGCUUUCUGACCGAAUUGCUAUCCACCCGGACAAGGUUUACUCCUAUCCUUUAGUUCACGUAAAGCCAGUGGACCUGUUGUUGGCUUUGCAGGAGAAUUUGCAGCAGCGAGCCGAGACGAUUUCCGUGAGAGAUUUUCGUUUGAAUGGCAGUGCAGCGGCGUAUGUCGUAGCAGGUACUAAUCCAGACUACAACGAUAUUGACAUGAUCGUCAAUGUUGACUUGUCGAGCUCAGAUGAUUUGGAUUACCUACGAGAUGCCCUGAUGCUGUCCUUCACUACUGCGGCUGAGAAGGGAGGAAUGAUCAAUUUAGAGAAGAAACCGUUCGUACUAGCUCGAACUUAUAUUCGAAAAAUGAUCAAGGUUGAUCAAGGUGGAGUUGGUGACCUCUGGUCAAUGGUAGCCCUACGUAAUGCUGGUGGUUGUAACAUCGAGGUGAAGUUCGCUGCUCGCCUCAAGAGACAGUUUGAGUUCUCCAUCGACUCUUUCCAGGUUCUACUUGGUGACUACAUGGAGUUCAAGGCAGCCAAUGAUCAGGACUUGCUGUUGGAAGAAAGUCCCGACAUGUAUGCUCUGUCUGUGUGGGGUGACUUUGAGGAGGCCUGUGCCCACUACCGCGACAAAAUCAUCAUGACCGACAAUCCAGAGGCGAUAUUCGGCGGCGGGCUCCUCAAGUACUGCCGGCUACGUUGCCUAGGCUACCUGACAGCUGGAAAUCGCACUGAAACGCAGCAGCUGGAGCGCUACAUGUGUUGCCGGUUCUUCAUUGACAUCCCGCGGUCCGGGCGAGUUGUGGAUCGCAUUCGUAAUUACAUGGAUAUGCAUUUCCUCAACCAUGGCGAGCAGGUGCGACCAUUCCUUCAGCUUCUCUAUGACACCGUGUACCGGUCAUCGCAGUGCUUGAUGAGCAAGGAUCGCUCCGAGGCUCUGAUGGCCGUCGCUAGCCUGCUAUCGCAAUGCCACCAACCACUCGUUAUCGCCACCGCACCGCACCAGUCGCGCGUCGUGCCCGGCUUCUGCCCCGUCAUCACGCACUACAUUCAACAGCCGGCGCGACGAUCGUCACCGCGCCUCUCUAACCGCCCGUGCAUGGCGCGCGUGGCACGCAUCCAUACGUCCUCGCCGGCCACUGUCGCCCCGUUUGCAUAGUCCUUCAUUACAUGUAAGUAUUCUUAGCUUAUUCCUUGUGCUUCUGCAUUGUCUGCACCCCUGUACUACUUUUAUUUCUCAUGCCAAAGCUUAUAUUUAUGACUACAACCUACUCAUGGCAACAUUUGCGUUCAAUAUGCAUGACUUUCUAUGGUGAUCAGGCUAGAUUUACUCCCAUGCAUGAAAGUAGCCCCCGUAGGGCAAAUUGAUACUCCUGUUUAUUGAAAACCGACAGUACCAACAUGUACUUUCUUCUUUUAGCUUUCAAGUCGCCCAUUUGCGAUAAAAAAAAAUAUUCAUGACAAUACGGACAAUCCAUUCAAUUGUUGGAUCUCCCAGAGCCCCCACCCUCUCCUUUCCCCUACCAUAUUUCUUUCCCCGUUCCUCUUUUCCUCUGCGCAUUUUCUUACCUUUGCUCUCUUGGGUUAGGCAUCGUGCGUACCAAGCCAAUUCUUAUAUGCCUUAGGUCUAAAAUCCGAAACUCUUUAGCGUUCUCCGGCUGUCAUUUCUUUCUUACGCGCUCAGUUUGAUACCUGUAGCCUUUUUUUCUGUCUCACCCCAUCAUCUUGAUGUUUUCUCUCCCCCAUCAGGCUGCUUGAUGCAACUUUAGGACAGGUCAGUCAGCUACUAUUGCUUUUUAUGAAUCGAUUCAACAGUUUUAUCCUCUAUACUUCGAUACCCUUAUUUAUGUGCUCAUGAAUUCUGUACGAAAUAUUAUGAAAAAAUGGAACAGCAUGUAAGCUGAAAAUAUGUUAA